CUUGAGAGCUGGUGGCUUUGUAGCGUAGUCGGGCCGAGUGGACCCCUGGUUCACCGGCUCGUUGGUCCUCGCGUAUGCGUGACAUCAGGACUAUUAAAAAUUACGCGCCUUACGUAACAAUUCAAGCUGCAACCUCGUUGUUGAGCGUGUAGUCAUCCCUGAGAACAGGGGCAAGCUGCGCUGAGUAGCUGAGUUUGCUGACUGAACAAUCUAUUCCUUUGUCGCCCACUCCUGCCAUUAUAUACACAUACCAUACACUUGACUACAGCAAGAUAGACUACAUGGUGACAAGAGUCGCGGCCGCAAAGCGGCCAGCGUUUUGCCGAUUAGAAAGCUUAACAUAGAGCAAGGAUGAGGUGGAUAUUUCUCGGGCUCCUGGCCUUGUCGCUGGUGGUGCUGCGAGGCGAGCACGUCGCAGGAGAGUGCAAUUUUAAUGACGCCUCGCAAUGUACAGCGGUGCUUGUGAAGAAUGUCCUUGAGGCUUUUGCUACGGCGGGCUUGGCUGUACCAGCGGUGAAUGCCUCCGCGGAAAUCGGUUCAGCAGUCAGCAGCUUCACCAGCGCAUGCUUGGGGGUGCAGAACGUCCUCAGGGCGGUCCGCUUCCUGACGCCGAGCUCCAACGACGGCAUCUUGGCGAGCCAGGCGCAGGUGUUCACGCGGGCGACGGGCUUCAGAGCCGAGUUCAGCUCCCUGCUGCUCAGCCGCAUCGCCGAGGAGGUGGACUUCCAGCUGCAGACUAACGUGUCGUUGUACGACGCCUGGAUCCUGGACGUGCAGUCCGCCGAGGGCGCCAUGCGGGCACACGCCGUGGCGCUGCUGGACGAGCUGGUGGCGGCGGCGGCGACGGAGCAGGCGGAGCUGCUGGCAGCAGCCGCUGCCAAGGAGGCGGCGCGAGCGGCCAACGCCUCCGCUAACGCUUCGGCGGUCACCUCAGCAGCACCGGCGAAUGCAAGUGUCGCUGCAGCGAUGGCUGCAAACAGCACAGCGGGCUCCGGCAGCAGUGUCAGUGGCGGUGUGGAUAAUGCUGGGGGCGAUGUGGAGGCUGAGGUGGCGGAGCUGCGGGCGGCUGCGGAGCGGGCGGGCACAGCCGAUGAGGACGUGCACCCCUUCUACCGCACCCACGCGGCCUCCUACCUGGGCAACCGCACCGGGGUGGUGGUCAGCGGCUUCAUGCCGCUGCUAUACUGGCGUCGUGACAUCUUCGCGGCGCGGCUCAACCUGACACGGCCGCCCGCCACCUGGAGCGAGCUGCUGGACGUGGGCCGGCGGCUGCACGGCACCGACCUGAACGGCGACGGCCAGCCCGACCCCGCGCUGUGCUGGAGCAGCCCCGGCUGCAGCGACGUGGGCGUGCUGCUGGGGGCGCUGCUGGCCUCGCUCAUACAGCACACGGGCUCCUCCAGCGGCUGGCUGCUGUCGCCCGACUCGCUGUCGCCGCUGGCCGCCGGGCCGCCGCUGCACGCCGCCCUACAGCUGCUGGGGCUCAUGGGCGGAUUGGAGGCGGCGCCCGGCACCGCCGGCCCCGCCUACGCCGACGGCAGCACCUGCGCCCUGGCGCACGUGCGCUUCUUCGCCGGCAGCUGCGCCAUGAGCAUCAACUGGCCGACGCAGUUCAAGGUGGCACAGCUCCGGUUCCCGCGCCUGCGGGGGAACGUGGGCGUGGCGGCGCUGCCCGGGUCGCAGGUGGUGUGGGACCGCGAGGCGGGAGCCUGGAUCACCUGUGACAGCGCCGCCGCCGCCUGCCCCUUCGCAGACACCGUGCCAGCACUGCAGCUGCCGCAGCUGCUCAACGGCACUGACAACGUUGUUGCCAGCGGCAACGGCAGCAGCAGCAACAGCAGUGGCGCUGGCAGUGUGCGCGUGAACCGCGCGCCCUUCGUGGGCAUGUCGGCACUGGUGGGAGCGGUGGACGUGCGCACGCCCUCCAACUACCGCACUGCCGCCUUCAAGUUCUUCACGCAGCUGUCCUCCCCCAACGUUUCGUGGGCUCAGCUGCUGGACCCCACCAGCGCCAUCGGCCCCUUCCGCCUGCAGCACCUGGAUCCAGCCAGCAUGGGCCGCUGGCGGGCGGGCGGGUACGACAACACAGACCUGACGGACUUCCUGGGUGCCUGGCGCACCACCAUCGAGCACCCCAACGUGGCGCUGCUGCUGCGCAUGCCGGGUGCCGCGGGGCUACGUGACGCGCUGCAGUGGGCGGCGACGCAGGUGGUGGGGCUGGGCACCCCCAGUGGCGGCCUGGCGGCGGCGCCGGGGUCGGCCCUGGUGGCGGGCACGGGCGGCCCCGAACUGGCGGCGGCGGUGCAGGUGGCGGCGGCUGGAUUGGCCACGAGGCUGCGGGCGGCGCUGGACGCAGCGGGGCCACUGGAGCAGACGCAGCGCAUCUACUGGCGCACGCUCAACUACACGCCGCCCGCCGUCGCCGCCGCGCCGCCGCCCUCGCACGGCGGCAUCAGCGACGGCCAGCGCAUCACCAUCGCCGCGGUGGUCAGUGCGGUGGGCGCCGCGCUGUGUCUGGCGGCGGCGCUGGGCGGCUACGCCUGGUACCGGCGGCGGCAGGCGGCGCGUCACCGCACGCUAUUCGGCCGGAUGGUGGCGCCGGGCGCCUCGCCCGCCACGUGCCUGGUGGUCACGGACAUUGUGGACAGCACGCGGCUGUGGGAGUCGGUGCAGCAGCUGGCCAUGGCGCGGGCGGUGCAGCUGCACCACGACACGCUGAGGCAGCUGCUCAAGGAGACUGGGGGAUACGAGUCGGCCACCGAGGGGGACUCGUUCAUCCUGUCCUUCUACGGACCCGCGGACGCCGUGGCUUUCUGCCUGCGGGCGCAGGCGGCGCUGCUGGCCUGCACCUGGCCUGCUGAGCUGCUGCAGCAGGAGCUGUGCCGGCCCGUGUACGCAGUGGCCCGCUCCCUGGCGCCCACGCCGCCCGAACGCGGCCGCGGCGUGGUGCGCGGCGGGCUGCGGCCGCCGCGCCUUCCGCUGGGCGGCGGCGCCGCUGCCGCCCCCGCCGCCCCCUCCGUCCCCGCAGCAACCGAGCCGAACCUCAGCUUCGGGCGGCACAGCGGAACUCUGUUUGGGCCGCUGGCGCAGCUGGGGUCACAGGCUUCGGCGCUCAGUGGGGCAGGUGGCAGCGGCGCCGGUGGUGCUCUGAGCCUUGGCGGGCGCGUGCGGCUGGGCAGUACCGCGGGCGUGGCGGGCACCAGCACCUCACCCGCUGGCGAUGUUCUGGGCGGUGCGGUGACGUUGGCGGGCGUCGGUAGCGCUGCGGUGGCGGCGGCUGCGGGGGCCUCGGUCUCAUUGUAUAGAGGAGGCGGCGCCAGUCCAGGCACGGGCAUCCAGGACGGCGGCACGGGCGGCGCCACCGCAGGCAUGCUGACAGGGCUGGUGGUGUCCGAGCUGCAGGCGCCGCCGUCGGUGAUGGGCGCCGAGGGCGGUGCGGCUGGCGGCGCCAGUGGCGGCGGCGGCGGUGGUGGCGGCGGUGUAUCGUUGCCGUCGCCGCUAUUCGCGCUGCAGGCCCAGCAGCAGCACCAGCACCUCCUGCUGUACCAGCAGCAGCAGAUGCAGAUGCAGCGCCCGCCGGCGGCGGCUGCGGGGUCGCCGACAUCGCGGUGGUUCCAGCCGGCGGCGGCGGCCGUCAGCACCUCGCUGCGGCGGCUGCAGGCGGCCAUGCGGCCCGGCAGCAGCACCGGAAUGCCGGACCAGCCACACAGCGCCCGCAGCCAGCGCGCCGGCUCUAGCGGCGUCAUCAGCGCCUUCGCGGCGGCGGCGGGGAUGACCGCGAAUGCGCCGACUGGGCCGGCUGCGGCGGGCGACCCGAACAGUCCCGGCGGCGGUGUGUUGAACGCCAUCAUGCGGAGCGCCGGCAGCGUGACGGCGCUGCUGUCACGAGGCGGAAGCGGCGGCGCGGCCUCCCGUGCUGGGACCAGCCCCAGUCAGCCCGGGCGCAGGCUGCUGCAGACCAUUCAGCAUGGCGUCGGUCUUUCGUCUACCAGCUCGGCGCCGCAGCACCCCCUGCCGCUGCUGUCGCGCAGCACUAACCCGUCUUCAUGGGCGGCGGCUGCAACCGAUGUGUCGCCGCCGCACGUCCUCUCGCACUCGCAGUCACAGCUGCAGUCGCAGGUGCAGCUGCAAAUCCGCCAGCAGAGCCUCGCCAGCGGCGGCAGCAGCCGGCGCCCGGCGCCGCGUCAGGGUUCUCGACUGAACUACAUCAACAACACGCCGCGCACGAACAGCGGCAGCGCUGUCACCUUCCGCAGCAGCGGCGUCACGACAGCCGCUACGGUUGGCGGCGGUGGCGGGCCGGACUCGCCGGUUCGAUUCAGAAGCGAAGCAGCGGUGGCGGGUGGUCCGGUGUCCGGCGGCGCCGUGUCUGGUCUGCGGCACUUGAUCCGGACCGUGUCUGGUCUGAGCAGCGCCAGCAACAGCCGCCGCAGCCACGCGAUGCUGCAGCGCGCCGCCGGCGGCAGCGGUGACGUCGGCGAGUACCAGGCUGCGAGUCUUGCCGGCGCAGCCACCGUGGCGGGCCUGGUGUCGGGCCCGGGCGCCGUCGGCCUGGGCACCUGGUCGCCUGGCCGAGCGGCGGGGCUGUCACCAGAGCCGUCCGGGCUGGAUGAGAUUAUGUCCUCCACAGGUGAGGAACAGGCGGGCGCGGCAGCCGCCUCGACGAGUGCCGCAAGUCCCAUACCCGUGCCGCAGCGCCCCAGCGACUGCGUCCCCGCCGGUUCUGCCGCCGCGGCCGCAGCCAUCACCGACGCCCGCGGCGGCGGCGGCCGUGGCGGCGUCACGGCCACUAGCUUCGUGGUGUCUGGUGGCGGCGCGUCCGGCGGCACCGGCAGCGACACCCCGCUCGAUGAGCUCGGUAUGAUGUCUCUGGACCCAAGCCCUCGGGUCACCGACGCCGCCAUGAUUGCAGCCGACGACGACGGCGCCGCCGCCGCCGCCGCCGCCACCACGUCGCUCCUUGCCGCCGCCACCAUCGCCCGCGUCGCGGUGCGGCCUUUGGGCUUCCAUCCGGCGGCUGGGGCGGCGGCGGCGCGGGGCAGUAUGGCGGGUGAGAUGCCGCCGUCCCUCUCAAUGGGCAUGGCGGCGGCCCCCUCCGCCAGCACCAGCGGUGCCAUGUACGGCAGCGGCGCCGUGUCUGUGGCGGCGGCUGCUGGUGGCGGUGCUGCUACAGCUGCCGCCGAAGCCGCCGCUGCAACCACUGCCUGUGCGGUGUCCAAUACGGUGCGUGGCACGUCGGCAUCGGGUUCCAUGGACAUGAACUCGCGCCUGCCGCUUCCGCCGUAUGAAGACACACACGGCGGCGCCGUCUUGAGCGCCUUGUCACGUGCGGAGACGCGGCCGGACGGCAGUGGUGACGGCGCCGGGCUGCACACAUACUCCCCUGCCACUUCGCCCUCCCAGGCCAACGCCAUCACCGGCCCCAGCCCAACGCCGCUGACGCUCCAGGGCGCCGCCUGCCCGCCGGAGCCCCAUGCCCUUGCCGAUGCGGGCGCUGGCGCCAGCACACGCACUGCGGCGCUGUCGGUUUUCGACUCCACCGCAGCGCCAGCAGCAGCAGCAGCAAGCGGUGCUGCGGCGACCACUGGAGCUGUCUCGCUGUCUCACGCGCAGGCAGGGAUGCAGCGCGCGGAGUCCGACCUGCUGCGCUUCCCAGCCGCAGGCUACAGCGUAGGCUACAGCGCUGCCGCGGGCUACGGCUCAGUUUACGGCGGCGGCAGCGGCGGUGGCUACGACCGCGGCGGCACUGCGGACCAGCUGGUCCUGACCACCGCCAACAUGGGCGCCUUUGACGGCGCCACAGGCAGCUGCGCUAUGAGCGCCGCCUUUGCGCUCGUGACCGGGCAGGCCGGCGGCGGCGGCGGCGGCGGCGGUGUCAUGGGCACCAUGGAACUGGGGUCGGACCUGCAGGAGCCUGCUGGCGCAUCGCCGACCAGUGUGGGAGGCGCGGCGUACGUGUCUCGGGCCAGCGGCACACCGGGUGGCGGCGGCGGGCUGCUGCCCAUGACCUUCCGGCGCAGCUCCACACAGGUGCAAGAGGCGGUGGGCCUGGGCGGCGGCGGCGGCGGCGGCUGGGCUGCAGGGCUGCUGCCGAGCGGCCCAGUCAUGACUGAGACCCUGGACACCAGCAGCUAUGCGCUACAGCCCUUCAGUGUCGCGAGCCUGGGCGCCGCCGCCACCGCAGCCGCCACCGCCGCCAUGGGCCCCGGCCGCAGCAUGACCCUGGCCGAGUACUACGGCCAAAUCUACAAGGUGCUACAGCCGCAGCAGCAGCAGCCGCAGCAGCAGCAGCCGCAGCAGCAGCAGCCGCAGCAGCAACAGUCGCGACAGGGGUCGCAGCAGCUGCAGUCGCAGCAGCAGCUCUCGCCGCACAGCGGGAACACGGUGGCCUCACAGCGCAGCGCUCUGGCUGCCUCCACGCCCGUGCCCUCGCCGCAGGGCAGGCAGGCAGCUGGCGGCGCAGCGGAGACAGAGGGCUGGUCCCAGCAGCAGCAGCAGCAGCAGCAGCAGGCUCUGCCGGCGGGCGCAAUCCUGAUGUUCUGCGGGCUCCAAGUGCGCAUGGGCGUGCACGCGGGUGUGGAGCCGACCGAGGUGUCGUACAACCGGGUGGCGGGCCGCACGCAGUACAGCGGUACGGCACUGCAGUUCGCCAAGGUGGUGUGCGACGCCGCGCAGGGCGGCAUGGUGCUCCUCAGCGCCACCGCGCACGAGCAGCUCAACAAGGCGGGCGGCGCAGGCGGCGGCGGCCUAGGUGGUGGCGGUGGCGGCGGCUGCGGUGUGCCCCUGGUCCUGGACAUGGGCAGUCAUGUGGUCACGACCAGGCCUGAGCCAGUGCAGCUGUACAUGGCCGCCAGCCGCGGCCUGCUGUGCCGCGUGCCCGCCCUGGGCCCGGUGCGCAGCCGCGAGCAGCUAGGCGCGGGCGUGCUGUGUGCGCCGCUGGGCUGUGUGGCGCUGGGCGUCCUGGUGGUGGCGGGGCUGCCUACAUUGCAGGCCUGGGACAAGGCGGUGACGGAGGAGGCUCUGGACACGUUCCGGCGGGUGGUGGUGACGGUGGCUCUGAGGCAGCUGGGCGGGCAGCUGGUGGAGGAGGGGCCGGGCAGGGUGCUGGCGGCCUUUUGCAGCGCAGCCUCGGCCGUCAGGUGGGCUGCCUCCUGCGAGGCGCUGCUCAAGGCCGCGGACUGGAGUGAGGCGCUGCUGGCGCACGAGCUGUGUGAGGAGGUGGCGGGGCCGGUGCUGCUGGACCCGAACAUGGAGGGCCCGGUGGCGUCAGCGCACGACGACGCGGCGCGCUGCCUGUUCCGCGGCCUGCGGGUGCGCGGCGCCGUGGACGUGGCGCGUGUCAAGGCCGAGCUGCUGCCCGCCACGGGCCGCCUGGCCUACAGGGGGGCGCUGGCAGGCAAUGUGGGCCGCAUGGCCGCCUUCGUGUCGGUGGGGCAGGUCGUCUGCACCGGCCGCGCCUGGCGCUGCUACCAGGCCGCAACCGAGCUCGCCGCACUCACCGAGGCCGCCGCGGCCGCAGCAGCAGCAGCCACCGGCGGCCUGCAGCCCGCCAGCUCCAGCCUGCCGCCGCCGCCGCUGCCCGUGCUGGGCGCCUCCCUGGGCCUGCACUCCAUCCGCGGCGUGGGUGACAAGUUGGAGCUGUGGAGCUUGCGGCUGGGCGGCAGCGCGGUCGAGUACUUUGACUCCAUGUCUGUCAUGGGCACACGGCAGCGGGACGAGAUCGCGGCGGCCGCGGCGCAGGGGCUUCUGGGGCCGGGGCCGGGGCGGCCGGCGCGCGCCACGGCUGACGCGCAGGCGCAGCUGAUGAUGCUGCAGAAGGCGCGGGAGAGCACGGCGGCGGCGGCGGGUGCUGGCGUUGUGCAGCGGACGCCUGACACGGCGAGUACGGUGCAGCUGCAGCUGCAGCUGGCGGGCUCGGGCUCGGGGCUGCCUGUUUGGGAGGUAGCGCCGGAGGAUUUGCGCGGCAUGAUGGUGGAGUGAUGGCGGGGGCCCGCUGCAGGAGUGGUGGCAGGCGCCGUGUGCGCAUUGUGGACGAUGGUGGGGACGCCUGCGGUGGCCCCUGGGUAUGUGGGACUGCAGGGGUACGAAUGAGGACGCGCAUCGCGGGCGCGUGCACCGUCCCUGUUGCUACGCAGCGGCGGGUUGGAGCAAGCCCCGAGGGCACCAACAGCUGCAAGUGCGGCGUGGCAGGCAUCCAGUGGCUCGUGUGACGCAUGGCCGCAAGGGCCUGUGGAUAGGGGUCAUGUGCAAGCGCGGUGCCCAGGGAUUGCGCAUGUGCGUGUGCAUAUGCGCAUUCUGGGCGUAUUACGGGGUAUUGACCGUUGGGUGAUUGACGCUUGGAGAAGCGCAUUGAUACACUGUGGCCGUAUGGGCAAACCGGCGUAUGGUUCUCCUACACGCGACCGUUGGACACUCAAGGGUUGUGGGAGGUGGGAGUGUGAUACUGUUGGGGCGUAUCGCGUGGACUGUCCAAUAACACCAUUGUAUCCUGUGGUGACAAGGCUGGGGAGUGCUGCUAUGGAGAAAGCGGCAUUGUCGAGUAUGCACUGGGUGUGAUGUGCAUUUCCACCGCGGCAUGCCUGCUUGGUGAUUGCGUUGGAUAAGUUAUGCCGCAACACCCUGCAUUUGCUUUACACACAUCGCCAUCACCACUUGGUAAAUUGCAACUUCAAUGCAUAUGCCCUGCACGGGCAAGCACUAGGCGCUGAGUUACGGUACGUUUAUCAGCUUCGCACAAACGUGGAUGCCGUACGGCACACUAUUGCAUCAUAAGCAUUGCUUCACUUUUGCAGUCAGUGAUAUCUGCUGGCUCCCCGCCGCAUGUCCCGAUUCCCCCUCCCAGCCGCCAGAAACACGGCCGGGUGCGGGGCUGGAUCCAGACGGGUGCUGACUAGAGUGCCCAAUGAUGUCGGUGCGGUAUGUGAAUUGCGGAAGUCUGAGCACCUCAGCAUCACAUGCUGUCUCUUCCUGAUUUGCGAGAAAAUCCUUCAGCGACGGUUGUUAUUUGCCAUGGCAUUUGGCGGAUACCCGGGUGCAACUGAACCAUCACAAUCAUGUGGGUGCCGCAGCGUGUAUACCAUGAGCGGAGAGCCACCCUUCUUGUCUGCGACGGAACUUGACAGUUGAAGACUGACGACGAAUCGCUGCGGGUAGUCACGUCAGUGGUCUGUUAUGACGCGGGUAUGAUGCGGGGUACGGAAUUAUGAAUCGCACCAAAUGCACGUGCACAUGCAGUUUGGCGGAGAUGGUUGUGGGUGUGGGUUGAUCAGCGCUGGGGCCACUGGGGGUCGCGGCAUGGCGGCAUGGCCAGACUGCCAGUACUUGAAGUUGAAGCCAGGCACGGGUGCUGGCACAGCCCGUGAGCCACGCAAGAGCAUGGUUGGCCAUGUGUGCGGGAGGUAGGGCUGGCAGGGUCGUGCCGUAUGUGUUGCACGUGAGUGCACACCUGUGCACAGGGGAAAGCGCAAGAGGUUUUAAUCAAUUCCAGGCUCAAAAUCAAAUCAACGAUGACCGUGUACCGUGGCUCACUCCCCAAAGCGGGGCACACUUUGGCUGCUUGCGGCUGCUCUUCCUGUGGAGUUGUGGAUGCAACCCGGCUAACGUUGUCGGUGUGCGUGUGCCGACCUCGUGGACCCGCGCCGCGGCGUGCCCGUGGAUGCAACUCGGGUACCAAGUCAGAUGCAUGGUGCCAUGGAUGGGUAUUCAUUGUUCGGGGGUUACAACGAAUGCGUACCGGAUGAGCAUGAGCUAGAGUGCAUGACACAGAACAGUGAGUGAUUCGCAGCCGGCGAAUGCUCCGUGGUACCGUGUCGACUGCUACAGUCAGCACUGCGGCCUAUGUGGCUUCGUCGCGUCUGAGUUCUGGAUACGGCAGGGACGCACGGUUACAUGCAUGGCAAUGCCGUCGUUGUAAUCCGGAGCUGAGGUUAAGAGGUGUGCGAUGGGACAGGGUUUAGGCAGGUUGGCGAGGUCCCGCAGGGUGCUGAGGUUGAGAGGUGGGGUUUAUGCAUUGUGACGCCGACUGAGGGGUUCGUGUGGGUGGCACCAGGACGGCAUCCAUCGGCUGCGUGGACAGGUCGCCUGCACAUGCAUGGACGUUGGACAACGGAGGUAUCUGCGUGUGCUGUCAGGGCCUGUGAAGUGAGUCAACAAUA